AUGCCAGCUGCUAUUACACAAGGCUGGAGCGACGGCAUUCAAAAGCUGAACUAUGUUAAUAAGUUACUUAUAAAGCAGAAAGUGGACUUGUUGGAACUUUUUGUGGGAUUUGAAUCGAAAAACAAAUAUACCAUCAUAAACGGUGUCGGCGAGGAGGUGUUUUACGCUAUCGAGAACAAUGGUUGUCUGGUGAGAAAUUGUUGUGGAAAAGCAAGACCGUUCAAAAUGAAAAUAUUUGAUCAAUAUAGAAAUGAAAUCAUUCGUUUAUCGAGACCGCUCAGAUGCCAAUCGUGUUGCUGUCCAUGCUGUUUACAGAGAAUUGAAGUAUUUUCGCCUCCGGGGCGGCUAGUCGGAUCAGUCGAUCAAGAAUGGUCUAUUUGUUGUCCAUCAUUUGCCGUGCGCAACGCAGCUAAUGAAGAAGUUUUCAAAAUCAAAGAAAUCAAAGGUCAAAUUUGUAGUUUUCCAUUGUGUAGUCAUGACAAUUUUAAAAUUAUAUCCAAAGACACGUCGACCGAAGUCGGUCGUAUAUCGAAACAAUGGUCCGGACUUUUAAGAGAAGCCUUUACGGAUGCUGACCACUUUGGAAUAAGUUUUCCAAUGGGACUCGAUGUCCGUAUGAAAGCAGUUAUGAUAGGAGCGUGCUUUUUAAUAGAUUUCAUGUUUUUCGAAAAGAGUUGCGACGAAGACUGCAACCCAGAGUGA